GGGCCACCCUGUCACCCAGGCUGGACUGUAGUGGCACAAUCAUGGCUCACUGCAGCCUCAACCUCCCAAGCUCAGGUGAUCCUCCAUGUCAGCCUCCCAAUUAGCUGGGACUACAGGCGUGCACCACAAUGCCCAGCUAAUUUUUGUAUUUUUUUUAGAGACAGGGUUUUGCCAUGUUGGCCAGGCUGGUCUUCAACUCCUGGCCUCAAGUGAUCCACCCGUCUCAACCUCCCAAAGUGCUGGGAUUACAGGCGUGAGCCACUGUGCCCCAUCUCAUCUGCUAAGUGGGUUUAAAGAAAUUCAGUUUCAUGUCAAUUUUUAAAAAUGUAUGGUCAUCAAAUUUGACUUCUUUUUAAAAAUGCAAUCAGAUAAUUGUAUACUUGUUUGAUGAGGGGAGGAAAGUUAAUAUAGCCAAUCUACUCAAUAUUUUUAGCAGAAAUUAUCAGAGACUAAGGAAAUUAAGUUUUUCUCAUGUUGGUUUUAAUUACCUAAUGUUUUCAGUUUUCUCUUUCAUUCUUGUGUCUUUUUUUCAUUUUCAGUGUUUCAAAUACAGUUUGUAUUUAAAGAUUUAGAAGUUCCAAAACUGUAAGCACAGUGGAUUGUUUCCUGGGAUGAUAUUAAAAUUAUACAACAAAAUAUAUGAAACUUUGUCAAUUUGGUUAUUGGCACAUACAAAAUAUUUACAAAUAAAUGUGUGUGUGUGUGCGUGUACACACAAUUCAAUGAAAGAGAUGUGAAACAAGUUUUCUUUUCUUUUUUCUUUUUUUUUUUUUUUUUGAGACAGAGUCUUGCUCUGUCACCCAGGCUGGAGUGCAAUGUCACAGUUUUAGCUCACUGCAACCUCUGCCUCCUGGGUUCAAGCGAUUCUCCUGCCUCAGCCUCCCGAGUAGCUGGGACUACAGGCACCUACCACCACUCCUAGCUAAUUUUUGUGUUUUUAGUAGAGACAGGGUUUCACCAUGUUGUCCAGGCUGGUCUCCAACUCCUGACCUCAGGUGAUCUGCCCGCCUCAGCCUCCCCAAGUGCUGGGAUUGCAGGCGUGAGCCACCUCACCCAGCUACAAGUUUUCAAAAUACAGUUAUCUGUACCCAUACAUUCUCCAGUUUGUCCACAGGACAUCUUAUGACUUGGGCAAGCUGCUAAAAAUCCAAGAGUGCAGCGUUUGUAUGUCUAUAGGAUUGCUCAGAUCUACCCCCACCCUAAAAGAACUUAAGAGAAUUUCUUGAGGCCAGGCACAGUGGCUCACACCAGUAAUUCCAGUACUGUGAGAGUCCGAGGUCAGAGGACUGCUUGAGGCCAGGAGUUCAAGAGCAGCCUGGACAACACAGGGAGACCUGUCACUACAAAGAAUAAAUAAAUUAGCCAGGCUUAGUGGUUCAUCCCUGUGGUCCCAGCUACUAGGGAGGCAGAAGUAGGACUGCUUGUCCCAGGAGGUCAAGACUGCAGUGAGCUGAGACCCAGCCACCUGCAUUCCAGCCUGGGCAACAAAAAGAGACCCUGUCUCAAAAAAUAAGUUAAAUAAAUAAAUAAUAAAAAUAGUUUAAACCCUAAACACAUCUUCUUUUUCAAAGAGGACUUCUUGAGGACUUCAUGCUGCGUCCUGUUGAUCUCCACUUCCCUUUUUCAGCGUCCACACUUUUAACAGUCUCUUUUGCCAAGGAUAAUAAGUAUAUAGUUUCUGGAAUCUAGAUUCUUCCCUGUUUGGACAGCCAGGGGUACAAUUUUUGGUCUGCAGGCCUUUGCAUCUGUUCUGCUGUUGCUCAGCAAUCUCACAGCAAAUUUGCCGAGCCUCUCCGGAAUGCACAGCCAGACAGAGCUCAGCGCAAAAGCUAGAGAACCUGGCGGAGGGAGACUCACAGUGCCACAAAAAAAUCUUUAUCUUUUCUUUUCUCUUUUCUUUUUUUCUCUUUCUUUCUUGUCUUUCUGUCUUUCCUCUCUCUCUCUGUCUUUCCUCUCUUUCUUUCUUUUUUCCUACAUGGCAAGAUCUCCUCAUGACAGAAAUAAUCUGCCUUGACUUCUGUUUCCACGCUGCUUCUGCCAGGACCAUGCGCUCGGCGUGUUUUUCUUUCCGCUAUAAUUAUCCAGGCCCAUCCCAGCCCUGGUCCCCUCAGCUGUUCCCUGGCAGUCCCUUCUGCUGGUGAAAACACAUAUGGUGCCGGCCUGACCAGGGUGUAAGUCAGGGCUGGCCACUGUGUGAUGAUCAGGCAGAUGACUGAACGUCUGUGGGACUCCGUUUGCUCAUUGUAAAAUGGAGAUUAAUACCAGCCUUCUUCUACUCCCCAAAUGCACGUGUUUGUCCCGGCCACAGGGCCCAAUUGUUGGCUGUUCACGCGUCAGUUACCCCCACAGGACGGGUCAGCCAAUUAAAGGCGAACCAGGCCGGGUCCAUCUCCUGACUCCUUUUCUCAUCCCAGGGCUGGACAGGCGGCUGGACAGGCAGCUGGCCUGGGCCCGGCUCUGCCUUGUCACGUGCGGGGGCCGGCCCGUUUGCUCGUCUGUGUAUAGGAGCGUGAGGUCACGCUGGGUGCUCCCGCCCCGCCGGGGCUUUUAGUGUUCCUGGUCCCUAAACGCCAGGCCGCUCCACCGCGGGAGAAGGCGCGAACCCCAGCAGAGCCCAACGGUCGUUGUCGGUUGCCGGGCCACCUGUUGCUGCAGUUCUGAUUGGUUCCUUCCCCCAACAACGCGGCGGCUGUAACCAAUCGACAGCGAGGCCGGUCGCGAGGCCCCGUCCCGCCCUGCAGGAGCCAGCCGCGCGCUCGCUCGCAGGAGGGUGGGUAGUUUGCCCAGAGUGGGGGGCUGGGCCCAUAAAAGAGGAAGUGCACUUAGACCCGGCCGCGCUGGACGCUGUUAGAAACCGUCCUGGCUGGGAAGGCAAGAGGUGUGUAACUGGACAAGACUCGUUUCUGGCGGUCAGUCUUGCCAUCCUCACAGAGGUUGGCGGCCCGAGAGUGUCAGGCAGAGGCGGAGAGUGGCAAGGGAGUGACUAUCUCGGGGAACGAAGGAGUGAACGCGGUGAUGGGACGCACGGAAAUGGGAGUGGAGAAAGUCAUGGAGAGAACCCUAGACGGGGCGGUCCCCGCGGAAAGGCGGUGGCUCCAGGGUCUCCUCACCCAAGCAGGAGCUGGCAGGCCCCGCCCCACUCCGCAGGCCCCACCCCGGGCCCCGCCCCCGAGGCUUAAGCCGCGCCGCCGCCUGCGCGGAGCCACACUGCGAAGCCACACUGCGAAGUCCAGCUGCGCGCGCCUUGGGAUUGACCGUCCACGCUCGCCCGGGAGGUCCGACGCGCCCUCCGCCAGCCGACAGACACAGCCGCACGCACUGCAGUGUUCUCCCUGUGGCUCGGACACAUAGUAUGACCAUUAGGUGUUUCGUCUCCCACCCACUUUCUAUGGAAAACCAAGGGGAUCGGGCCAUGAUAGCCACUGGCAGCUUUGAAGAACGGGACACCUUUAGAGAAGCUUGAUCUUGAAGGCCUCACCGUGAGACCUUACAAAGCUGGAUUCUGGCAGAGUUCCUCUAUCUCGUCUUGUUGCUGAUUAAAGGUGCCCCCGUCUCCAGUUUUUCUCCAUCUCCUGGGAGGUAGCAGGAAAUCAGCAUCAUGGUUGGGUUCAAGGCCACAGAUGUGCCCCCUACUGCCACUGUGAAGUUUCUUGGGGCUGGCACAGCUGCCUGCAUCGCAGAUCUCAUCACCUUUCCUCUGGAUACUGCUAAAGUCCGGUUACAGAUCCAAGGAGAAAGUCAGGGGCCAGUGCACGCUACAGCCAGCGCCCAGUACCGCGGUGUGAUGGGCACCAUUCUGACCAUGGUGCGUACUGAGGGCCCCCGAAGCCUCUACAAUGGGCUGGUUGCCGGCCUGCAGCGCCAAAUGAGCUUUGCCUCUGUCCGCAUCGGCCUGUAUGAUUCUGUCAAACAGUUCUACACCAAGGGCUCUGAGCAUGCCAGCAUUGGGAGCCGCCUCCUAGCAGGCAGCACCACAGGUGCCCUGGCUGUGGCUGUGGCCCAGCCCACGGAUGUGGUAAAGGUCCGAUUCCAAGCUCAGGCCCGGGCUGGAGGUGGUCGGAGAUACCAAAGCACCGUCAAUGCCUACAAGACCAUUGCCCGAGAGGAAGGGUUCCGAGGCCUCUGGAAAGGGACCUCUCCCAAUGUUGCUCGUAAUGCCAUUGUCAACUGUGCUGAGCUGGUGACCUAUGACCUCAUCAAGGAUGCCCUCCUGAAAGCCAACCUCAUGACAGAUGACCUCCCUUGCCACUUCACUUCCGCCUUUGGGGCAGGCUUCUGCACCACUGUCAUCGCCUCCCCUGUAGACGUGGUCAAGACGAGAUACAUGAACUCUGCCCUGGGCCAGUACAGCAGCGCUGGCCACUGUGCCCUUACCAUGCUCCAGAAGGAGGGGCCCCGAGCCUUCUACAAAGGGUUCAUGCCCUCCUUUCUCCGCUUGGGUUCCUGGAACGUGGUGAUGUUCGUCACCUAUGAGCAGCUGAAACGGGCCCUCAUGGCUGCCUGCACUUCCCGAGAGGCUCCCUUCUGAGCCUCUCCUGCUGCUGACCUGAUCACCUCUGGCUUUGUCUCUAGCUGGGCCAUGCUUUCCUUUUCUUCCUUCUUUCCCUUCCCUCCUUCCCUUCCCUCCUUCCCCACCUCUUCCUUCCACUCCUUUACCCACCACCUUCCCUCUCUCUACAUUCUCAUCUACUCAUUGUCUCUCAGUGCUGGUGGAGUUGACAUUUGACAGUGUGGGAGGCCUCCUACCAGCCAGGAUCCCAAGCGUCCCGUCCCUUGGAAAGUUCAGCCAGAAUCUUCGUCCUGCCCCCCGCAGCCCAGCCUAGCCCACUUGUCACCCAUAAAGCAAGCUCAACCUUGGUGUCUCCUC